AACUGACAUUAAAUGUGUGUGUGACCCCUGUACACAGGCUUUAUGGUGAACGAUGAGCUCCUCCAGCGGCUGGCCAACGGCAGGGCGGGCUCCAUCCGUCCCCUAGUGAUCCCCCGCACCACAGACACCUCGGCCCCCCUGGACUACCACUCCCCUCCUGCGGAGGUAGAGGGCUGGCUGAGAGGGAAGGGCUUCACUGAGCCGACAGUAACACUGCUGGGGAGACUCACUGGUGCUGAGCUCUUCGCCCUGAGUAAAGAGGACCUACGUAUGUUUUCACCAGAGGAGGGUGCCAGAGUGUACAGCCAGAUGAUGGUGCAGAAGGCUUUACUGGAGGAUGUCCGCAAAUCUACAGAGCUGGAGACAAUGAUGGAGAAACAGAAACAAAAAGCAGACUUCCAGCUGGAGAGCAGGAGGCUGUGACCAAGAACAAGCAAUACACAUGUAUAUCACUGAAACACAGAUAUCACUGGUUGAUGGAUGCCAACACAAUAACAUUACUGUCACUGUUUAAGAGGACACACAAACUCACAAACAUUGUCUGUAUGGAGACUCUGAUACAGAGAUUUCACUUUUAAAGGGUAGUUCACCCAAACUAUAAAAUUACUUGCUUUCUUAAGGCGUCCGCAUGCUUCCCAGCCAAAACAGUUCGGAACAGUUUGUGCUUAUAUUAUGAUGACAUUUUGUGACGUUGUUUGUUUUGGACAUUGGUGAAGGUUGUUUAGGCUGUUCAGGCACAACAUUUUUCUGGAUGCAAGCAGAAGUUUUGAGCCGAAGUCUACGCCCCUUCGUCUGUGAUUGGUCAACAUUGGGGAUUUUCAAUAAAGUCUUUGUUGUCAUUCAAUGAGAAAUGACUCAUUUUCA